CAUUGUGUGGGACGCCUCGGCUCCAGCCAGUGAAUGAGGCGGAGGCGUGAGGGCGAGGAGGAGGAGGAGGAGGAGGAGGAGGAGGAGGAGGGUGAGGAGGAGGAGGAGGAGGAGGAGGCAGGGAGCGAGCGAGUGCCCAGGGUGAAUCAAUGGAAACCCCCUCACGAAGCCGGGAAAGCACUUCAGCCGCAGCCAAAUAGCAUUGAUUAUUUUCCUUCACUUCCCUCGCCGCCGCGAAUUUAUUUAUUUAUUUAUUUUUUUCCCAUCUCCGUCCCCGACGCCCGGGAGUGAGCGCUGGAGGGAGGGAGGAGGAGGAGGAGGAGGGGAAAAAAAAAAAAGGAAUCAACACAUCGGAGAAGUCCCUUGCAAGAGCCGCCCCCUCCCCUCCCCGCCUAGCGCUGCGCGGCGGCCGCGGUUCGACUCCCGUCCCUGCUUCCAGCUGAGGUGGUCCUGGCUGUCACGCUGAAAUGAACCCCCAGCUCUCCUCCGUCUGCCAUGGCCACCCUUAACUCAUCCUCCGCCGCCAGCACCGCCCCCUCCCCUGGGCACAAUGCCCCGACUCCGCCUCCGGACACCUCCUCCCCCAGCUCCCCCCCUGACCCUAUCACCAAAGAUGAUCCCGCCGCCGCCACCACCACCGCUCCAGAGAGCAUGAGACCCUCAGAGCCGGGGGCACGGCCCCUGGAGUCGGGCUGUGGCCUCGUCCCACCAAAGGAGAUUGGGGAGCCCCAAGAAGAGGCGGGUGGUGGUGGCUUCCCACCAAAGGAGCUGGGGGCACACGAGGACAGGCCGCAGGAGGAGGGGGACGCAGGCCUCGCCCCCCUGCCCCUGAGCAACCACUUAGUCUUCACCGCCACCGGCGAGGCCUGCCUGGUGGCCCAGCCACCCCCGCCGGGCAGCCACCAACUCCUGUUACCAAAGGGCUUUCCCCGGGGGGAGGUGGGCAGCGAGGAAGAGCCCGGCCCCCCUCUUCUUGCCCACCCGCCCCCCACACACCUCACUGCCCUUCAUAUUCAACAUGGCUUUGACCCAAUGCAAGGCUUUAGCUCUUCUGACCAAAUUCUGUCCCACGAUACCUCAGCGCCAUCUCCGGCCGCCUGUGAGGGGAGGGACGGAGCCUUCUGGAGCUACCAGCUGGCUCCCGACCCACCCGGAGAUCCCAAAGACGGCCCCACAGGCUGCAUGGAGGGGGACCCCCGCGCGCUCUUCUGGCUCUGCCUCCUGUGCCGCCUGGGGUUCAGCGGGCCCCGGGCCUUCGUGGGUCACACCCAGUCUCACGGGGUGCGGCUGAGUCCGGCUCAGCACCAGGCCCUGCGGGGCCACCCGGCCGUGCUGCAGGGCGGGGGCGAGGGCUGCAGGGCCCUCCUCAGCUUCCUGGAACCAAAACGGCCUGCUCAGCCCGCUUUAGAGGCCCCCCUCGAGGGCAGCGGCGGAGAUGCAGCAGAGCCCCCCGGGGAGGUGAAUGUAGCCCAGAGCCAGGACGGUGCCCCCGAGGCCCCCAGCCACCCCGGGGAAGAAGUCCUGGCCCUCAGCCCCCGCUCCCCAGCCCCAGCCCCCUGGGGCCCCAGCCCCCCCCAAGCCAAAGAAUCACCAACGGCAACGGGCGAGGCAGGGCCAGAUUGGUUUCCCGAGGGGCACGACGAGGAGGGAGGGCUGUGCCCCCCACUCAACCAAAGCUCACCCGCCUCCAAGGAGGGGGCCGCCCUCCCCGCUGCCGCCGUGGGCUCCCCCGAAGAGCCUGGCGACCCACCCCCGUCCUACCGCAGCCUCGCCGACGACUACGCCCCGGCCCCGGCGACCUUCCAGGGCCUCAGCCUGUCCAGCCACAUGUCCCUGCUGCACUCCCGCAACUCCUGCAAGACCCUCAAGUGUCCCAAGUGCAACUGGCACUACAAGUACCAGCAGACGCUGGACGUGCACAUGCGGGAGAAGCACCCUGAGAGCAACAGCCACUGCAGCUACUGCAGCGCGGGGGGCGCCCACCCCCGCCUGGCCCGCGGCGAGAGCUACAACUGCGGCUACAAGCCCUACCGCUGCGACGUGUGCAACUACUCCACCACCACCAAGGGCAACCUCAGCAUCCACAUGCAGUCUGACAAGCACCUGGCCAACCUGCAGGGCUACCCGGCCGGCCCCGGCGGCCAGGGCAGCCCCCCGGAGGCCGCCCUGCCGCCUGCCGCCGCUGCUGCCGCAGCCGACAAGGAGCCCAAGGCCAAGUCUUCGUGGCAGUGCAAGGUGUGCAGCUACGAGACCAACAUCUCCCGCAACCUGCGCAUCCACAUGACCUCCGAGAAGCACAUGCAGAACGUGCUCCUGCUGCACCAGGGGCUGCCUCUCGGGCUGCCGCCAGGGCUGGUGGGGCCCGGGCCCCCGCCCCCAGCAGGGACAGCCCCCGCCACCCCACCAGAUCUCUUCCAGUACUUCGGUCCACAGGCCCUGGGGCCACCUCAGGCCCCCCUGCCCGGCCCGGGGCUGAGGCCGGACAAGCCCCUGGAAGCCCAGCUGCUCCUCAACGGCUACCACCACCUGGGAGGGCCUGCCCGCAAGUUCCCUGCAGCGCCGCCGGCCCCCGGCAGCCUCUCCCCGGACGCCCACCUGCCUCCAAGCCAGCUCCUGGGCUCCCUGGCCGACGGCCUGCCCACCUCGCCACCCCCUGAGGAUGCCAGCACUCUGAAGGUGUUCCGCUGCCUGGUGUGCCAAGCCUUCAGCACGGACAGCCUGGAGCUGCUGCUGUACCACUGCAGCGUGGGCCGCAGCCUGCCCGAGGCCGAGUGGAAGGAGGUGGCCGGGGACACCCACCGCUGUAAGCUCUGCUGCUAUGGCACCCAGCUCAAGGCCAACUUCCAGCUGCACCUCAAGACCGACAAACACGCCCAGAAGUACCAGCUGGCAGCCCACCUCAGGGAGGGGGGCGGGGCCAUGGGCACUCCCACGCCAGCACCCCUGGGAGAGGGGGCUCCAUACGGGUCCAUCCCACCCCUGCACCUGCGCUGCAACAUCUGUGACUUUGAGUCCAACAGCAAGGAGAAGAUGCAGCUGCACGCCCGCGGGGCGGCCCACGAGGAGAACAGCCAGGUGUACAAGUUUCUGCAGGAGAUGGAGGGGGCGGCGGCCGAGCCCGGGCUCUUCCGCUGCCUGCUGUGCGCCUGGGAGGCGCCGUCGCGCCUGGCCGUCCUGCACCACCUGCGCGCGCCCGCGCACCGCGACGCCCAGGCCCAGCGGCGGCUGCAGCUGCUCCAGAGCGGCCCCGCGGCGGCCGAGGACGGGCUCUCGGGCCUGCACAGCAUCCUGAGCUUCAGCCACGGGCCGCUGCCCACUGCGGGGAAGGCUCCCGGCACUCCCUUGGCAGAGCCCCCCAUCCCAGAGAGAGACACCCAGAACAAGACAGAACCAUCGGCUCCUGAAGACGCGGAGGAGAAGAGCGGGCCUGUGGGAGACAGCACCAGCCAGACCACGGUGUACUGCUGCCCCUACUGCAGCUUCCUGAGCCCGGAGUGCAAGCAGGUGAGGGCUCACGCCCUGUCCCAGCACGCGGUGCCACCCCGGUACAGGUGCCCGCUGUGCCAGGAGCAGCUGGUGGGCCGGCCUGCCCUGCACUUCCACCUCAGCCACCUGCACAACGUGGUGCCCGAGUGUGUGGAGAAGCUGCUGCUGGUGGCCACGACUGUAGAGAUGACCUUCUCGACCAAAGUGCUGCCCGCGCCCAGCACAAGCCCCCAGGGGGAGGGCCCAGAGCCCCCAGCUCCAGCGCUAGAACCCGGGUCCAGCAGAGACCAGGCCACAGAAGGCCCUCACCUCACCCCGGAAGCCAGUCCCGGGGCUCUUCCUGAGCCUCCCCCACCCGCAGCCGAGGCCCCAGACAAGCCCGCAGGGAGCCCGGAGCGGCCCCCUUCUCCAGCCCCCUCGCCAGCACCCCGGCCAGAAGCCCCAGCCGAGGAACCGGUCCCAGCACCACCUGCUGCUGAGGAGGAAGAGGGCCCUGCUGGAGAGCCCCGCCCUGCAGAGCCCGCCCCCCCGGACACCCGCCACCCCCUAACCUACCGGAAGACCACCAAUUUCGCCCUGGACAAGUUUUUGGACCCCGCUCGGCCCUACAAGUGCACGGUGUGCAAGGAGUCCUUCACGCAGAAGAACAUCCUGCUGGUGCACUACAACUCCGUCUCCCACCUGCACAAGAUGAAGAAGGCUGCCGUGGACCCCGCCGGCCCAGCCCGGGGAGAGGCCGCGCCCACCACCGCCACGGCCGCCUCCGACAAGCCCUUUAAGUGCACGGUGUGCCGGGUCUCCUACAACCAGAGCUCCACCCUGGAGAUCCACAUGCGCUCCGUGCUGCACCAGACGCGCUCCCGGGGGGCCAGGCCCGACCCCAAGGCCGACGGGCUGGAGCGUGGCCCCGAAGAUGCCAAGGAAGGCGAGAUGGAGGGAGAAGUGGGCCUCGAGAAGAGGGGCCCCGACCCAGGGGGCUUCGCGUCCGGCUUGCCCUUCCUGUCCCCACCUCCCCCGCCCUUGGACAUGCACCGGUUCCCGGCCCCUCUCUUUGCGCCCCCGGUGCUGCCCCCCUUCCCACUGGUGCCCGAGUCCCUGCUGAAGCUCCAGCAGCAGCAGCUGCUCCUGCCCUUCUACCUCCACGACCUCAAGGUGACGCCCAAGCUGGCCCUGGCGGGACCCGCACCCCUGCUGUCCCUGCCGCCCGCCGCCCCGCCGCCACCCCCAGCCCCCAAGUCUGAGCUGGCCGAGCGGGAGUGGGAGCGGCCCCCCGUGGCAGAAGAGGGGAACGAGGCAGGGCCCGCUUCGCCCCCCAACCCAGCGCCCAACGAGGCGGCCCGCACUGCAGCCAAGGCGCUUCUGGAAAACUUCGGGUUUGAGUUGGUGAUUCAGUACAACGAAGGGAAGCAGGCCGCACCCCCUCCCCCGACCCCACCGCCCCCAGAGGCCCUGGGCAGCGGCAGCGACAAGCUGGCCUGCGGAGCCUGUGGGAAGCUCUUCUCCAACAUGCUCAUCCUCAAGACGCACGAGGAGCACGUGCACCGCCGCUUCCUGCCCUUCGAGGCCCUGAGCCGGUACGCAGCCCAGUUCCGGAAGAGCUACGACAGCCUGUACCCACCCCCGGCCGAACCCCCCAGGCCUCCCGAGGGCCCACUGGAGUCGCCCGCCCCCCAGCUGGGCCCACCCUUCCUGGUGGCUGAGUCCGACGCCGGGGGCGCCCGGCCCCCCGAGGAGCGUGGCCGAGCUGGACGCUGGCCCCCUGAGGAAGAGGAUGGUGCCAGGGGCAGCCUCGCCCCGCUCCUGCCCGCCGGCCGCCGCUUCUCCAGAACCAAGUUCACCGAGUUCCAGACCCAGGCCCUGCAGUCGUUCUUCGAGACCAGCGCCUACCCCAAGGACGGAGAGGUGGAGCGCCUGGCCGGGCUGCUGGGCCUGGCCAGCCGGGUGGUGGUCGUGUGGUUCCAGAACGCCCGCCAGAAGGCGCGCAAACACGCCAGCGAGGUGGGGCCCGCGCCCCCGGGAGGCGGCCCCGGGGGGUCAUCGGGCUGCCGGCGCUGUCACGCCUCCUUCUCCUGCGUCUUCGAGCUGGUGCGGCACCUCAAGAAAUGCUAUGACGACCAGCCCCCAGAAGAGGAGGAGGAAGAGGCCGAGCGAGGGGACGAGGAGGAAGAGGUAGAAGAGGAAGACGCCGACGAGGAGCAGGGCCCGGAGCCCGCGCCAGGGCCCGAGGGCCCGUCCCCGGAACCUCUGGACAGGGAAGAGCCAAACCAGGCGGAGGCCGCAAAGCCGGGCAGCAAAGAGCCCGAAGGCCGGGUCGCUGCCUCGCCGGCCCCCACGCACGCCUGUGACCAGUGCGCCGCGGCGUUCCCCAGCCACGACCUCCUGGCCGCUCACCGCCGACUUCACUUCCUGCCCGUGGUGCCGCCCGGCGCGGCUCCCCACCUCCUAGACCUGCCCCUGCUGGUGUUUGGGGAGCGCAACCCCCUGGGGGCGGGCGCCCCCACGGUGCCGGGGCCACCCCUCAAGCGGAAGCACGAGGACGGCAGCCUGUCCCCCACGGGCAGUGAGGUGGGGGGCGGCGGGGAGGGCGAGCCGCCCCGGGACAAGCGUCUGCGCACCACCAUCCUGCCGGAGCAGCUGGAGAUCCUGUACCGCUGGUACAUGCAGGACUCCAACCCCACCCGCAAGAUGCUUGACUGCAUCUCCGAGGAGGUGGGGCUCAAGAAGCGCGUGGUGCAGGUCUGGUUCCAGAACACCCGGGCCCGGGAGCGCAAAGGCCAGUUCCGGGGCACCCCGGGGGGCGUGCCCAACCCGGCAGCCAAGCCUCCCGGGCCCCCUGCCCCGGGCCCCGCCCCCUUCCCCAAGUUCAACCUCCUGUUGGGCAAGGUGGAAGAGGGGCCGGGCAGGGAAGUCCCAAAGAGGGAAGCCCCCGUUUUUCCCUACCCCCCGGUCAAUUCAGCCGCUGCCCCCCUGGCCUUCCUGCCGCCUGCAAAAGAGCCCAGCGCCCCCACACCGGAGCCCCCUGCACCUGUACCUCUCCCGCCCGCCCCAACCCCCGGCGAGGACGAGGGCCCGGAGGAGCCCUCCAAAGCGUCCCCCGAGAGCGAGGCCUGCAGCCCCUGUGCCGGAGACCUCAGCGAUUCCUCGGCUUCCAGCCUGGCCGAGCCCGAGUCCCCGGGGGCGGCGGGGGCGAGUGGGGGAGGGGGCGGGGGGGCAGGGGCCCCCGAUGGCCUGGGGCAGCGGCGCUACCGGACCCAGAUGAGCAGCCUGCAGCUGAAGAUCAUGAAGGCCUGCUACGAGGCCUACCGCACUCCCACCAUGCAGGAGUGCGAAGUGCUGGGCGAGGAGAUCGGGCUGCCCAAGAGAGUCAUCCAGGUGUGGUUCCAGAACGCCCGCGCCAAGGAGAAGAAGGCCAAGCUGCAGGGGGCCGCCGCAGGUGGGGGCGGCGUGGGCGAGGGCCCCCUGGGAGCCCAGCGGGCCGACUGCCCCUACUGCGACGUCAAGUACGACUUCUACGUGUCCUGCCGGGGCCACCUCUUCUCCCGCCAGCACCUGGCCAAGCUCAAGGAGGCCGUGCGCGCCCAGCUGAAGAACGAAAGCAAGUGCUAUGACUUGGCCCCGGCCCCCGAGGCCCCUCCGGCUCCCAAGGCCCCACCCGCUGCCGCAGCCGCGCCUGCCUCGCUGCCGCUGGGGACUUCCCCAGCCCUGCCUCGCCUGGCCCCUGUCCUCUUGUCGGGUCCAGCUCUGGCCCAGCCCCCACUGGGCAGCUUAGCUCCUUUCAGUUCAGGCCCCGCAGCCUCCUCAGGCCUCCUGGGCCUUGCCACCUCGGUCCUGCCCGCCACCACCGUGGUCCAGACUGGCCCAGGUUGUCCCUUACCUCAGAGACCCGGGCCCGAUCCGGCCAACACCUCCACAACAGGCCCCCCCGACCCUGCCCCGGGCCCACCCGCUGAGCCCUCUGGGGACACGGGCUCUGCUGAGCGGAAGCCGGUGGCAGCCCCCGCCAACGCCUCGGCUGACGCCCUCAAGAACCUCAAAGCGUUGAAGGCCACUGUCCCCGCCCUGUUGGGGGGCCAGUUCCUGCCCUUCCCCCUGCCCCCUGCGGGAGGGGCCACCCCACCAGCCGUCUUCGGCCCCCAGUUGCAGGGGGCCUACUUCCAGCAGCUCUAUGGCAUGAAGAAGGGGCUGUUUCCCAUGAACCCCGUGAUACCUCAGACCCUCAUCGGACUGCUCCCCAACACUCUCCUCCAGCCUCUGCCCCAGGCCCCCGAGCCCACCGCCACGGCACCCCCCAAGCCCUCUGAACUGCCCGCCCCGGGGGAGGGGGAGGCCGGGGAAGCCGAUGAGCUGCUGGCGGGCAGCGCGGGCAUCUCCACCGUCGACGUGACCCACCGCUACCUGUGCCGCCAGUGCAAGAUGGCGUUUGACGGGGAGGCGCCGGCCGCUGCCCACCAGAGAUCCUUCUGCUUCUUUGGGCGGGGCUCCGGGGGGCCCAUGCCCGCCCCCCUGCGGGUGCCCGUCUGCACCUACCACUGCCUGGCGUGUGAGGUGCUGCUGAGCGGCCGCGAGGCCCUGGCCUCCCACCUGCGCUCCUCGGCCCACAGGCGCAAGGCGGCCCCGGCCCCAGGAGGCCCCCCCAUCACCGUCACCAACGCCGCCACGGCCGCCACGGCUGCUGUGGCUUUUGCCAAAGAGGAAGCAAGAUUACCUCACACGGACUCCAACCCAAAAACUACUACUACCUCUACACUUCUAGCUUUAUAAACAGAUAAACCAAGAUGUGGGGAGCUGCAGGAGGGGCGGGCUCAGGGCUCCCUCCCUGACUCUGACAGGGGCUGGGUGGGGGUCCAGACCCCUCCCCUCGACCCUCGGCUCCACCCACCUCACCCUCCGUGGGCUUCACACACACCCCACCUCCAGCAGCGUCCUGCCUCCUCCUCCCUCCCCCCCACCACCCCAGACACGUCUUCCUCAUGACUCCCUGCCCAGGCGCCCUCUCGUGCCCCUGCCACCCAUUCAGGGCCACCCUGCCCUGGUGCCCAAACUCCUCUUGAUUGCAUUCCCCACCACCCCUUUACCCGCUGAAUUCCCAGUCACCCCCAGCUCCUACACACAGACACACAGACACCUGUUAUCCCAUGCUGUUCCGCUGACAGAGAAAACACCAAAAAAAAAUUAUAUAUAUAUAUAUAAUAAUGAGAGAGAAAAGAAAGGAAAAGAGAAAACCCAAGCAAGACAGAGAAGAGGGGAGGAAACGUGCAUCAACACUUCCCUUUCUCCUUCCAUGCCCUUGUCCAGAGCGCCAUACCGCUCAAACUUGACAGAUACCCAAACUGGCUCCCAAGGUGGGGGCCUGGGAUGGGCCAGGAGCCCAUGGAACUCAAACCAAACUGGAGGUUGGCGCCGGGGAGAUAGCUCCCCACUCCUUCCCAAGCCCCUUCCUGCCAGGGAGCUCCUGCGGCCGGCCCGGACUCUAGGGGAAGCCGCUGACAACCCCCACCCUGCUCCCUGGGAACUGCAGUAACUUAUUCUCAAAGGCUUUAAACAGAGAUCCUCUCAGCAGCCGUGGGCCUGCCCCUCGUCCCAGCCCUGCCAUGUGGGGGGUCCAGCCCCCGGGACCGGCACUGCCCACCAACAGCAAAUCCAAAGUUCUUAAAAAAAAAAUACAAAAAAAAAAAUCCUGAAACACACACACAACCAAAAACCAAACAAAACAAAUACAAGAGCGAGAGAGCAAGUGAGCGCGGGCGCGUGCACAUUCGCACAGGAGAGAUGGAGAGACCAGAUGGAAUGAACUAAAGAAAAACUUGGAAUAUACAAAAAAAAAAAAAAAAACCACCUGAAAACUCCCAUCCAACAAGUGGUCAUUUCCUGUUUGUGUCACUUUCUUCCCUGUCUGUGAGGGUCUCUGACUGCCUCCUCUUUGGAGGAUGGGCUGGGGCAGUGAUAGAGCCUGAAAGAGCAGCUGCCCUGCUCUCCCAGGAAAGGAGGAAAUGCUUUUAGUAUUGACCAGGACAGGUGGCACCCACUCCCAGCGGAAUCAGAAAAGUCC